AACGCGUGUCCGUUUUGUUUAAAGCGUUUCGAUUGUGAGAAAAGUUUGAAGAAACACAUGGUAAAACUCACCGCAAGAGAGCAUACAAGUGUGACAUGUGUCGCACAUCUUGCUAUACCGAGCAAAGUUUGACGGAACAUCGUAAGAUUCAUAGUGACGAUUACUUCUUCAAAUGUGACAUAUGCCACAUCAAGUAUAAACGCAAGGAAACGUUGCAGCGACAUCAAAUACGGGCGCACAGCGACAUCGCUGUUCAAUUUGUCUGCGAUUCUUGCGGUCAGUCGUUCAAACUAAAAGUGGAUCUUCUCAAUCAUAUCAAGAGGAAGCAUAGCACGAGCAUUUAUAUAUGCCGAUAUUGCGGGAAAUCUGUGACGGAUCUCCGCAAUCACGAAUGGAAACAUAAAGAACGAGCCGAGACGGGUAGCUUGAAGUUCUCGUGCCAAUUUUGUGCUAAUAAAUUUAAGAAUCAAACCCGUCUUGACAAUCAUCUAUUGUUGCACAAGCAGGGUUACAAGUGUACUGAAUGCAACUUGGUUGUCAUUUCGUACAGACAAUUGAAGUAUCACAAAGAGCGAAUGCACAAACCGGACAAGCUUUGUCCGAUUUGCAAGAAAUCAUUUAUGUCAAGAGGCAACCAGUUCGCUCAACAUAUUCUUACGCAUGCUGGUAUCAGGCCGUACAACUGCGAUAUCUGUGGCGAAGAUUUCACUCAACGAUCUAGUCUCUUCCGACAUCGAAAAAAUCAUCCCGGUCCUGUUCCGCCUUAUAAGUCGAAGAUUCCCAUUGCUGGUUUAGCUAAGAAUUUUUUACAGAAGUUUUUGGAACAAUAAUGCAAGAGAAGCAAUAACACAAUCGUUAUCUACGUAAAAGAUGUUCCCUAAUGUUUAGAAUAUUUUGUUUUUAUUAAUAUAUUUGUACAAUAAUUGAUUUUUUAU